AUGGAUCAAGAAAAGGUGAAAGCUAUCAAAGAGUGGGAGCCGCCAAACAAGGAGUGUCAAAAAGCCUUUGAUAAGUUAAAGGCUGCUAUCACAGAAGGACCAGUACUAGCACUGCCUGACUACUCAAAAGUGUUUGAAGUCCACACUGAUGCUUCUGACUACGCUAUUGGAGGGGUUCUGAUGCAAGAAGGACAUCCUAUUGCCUUUGAGAGUCGCAAGUUGAAUGAUACAGAGAGGCGAUACCCUGUCCAAGAGAAGGAGAUGACUACGGUGCCUGGCAAGACUAAUGUGGUAGUAGAUGCGCUGAGCCAUAAGGCUGAGUUAGCAGCCAUUUCCAUGGUCGAAGGAGAUAUUUUGCAUACUAUCAAGGAAGGGUUGCAUCAUGAUCCAUUAGACAAGAAAUUGGUGAAAUUGGCUAGAGAAGAGGAAGUAACACGACUAUUCUUCAAGAAUGUGGUGAAGUGCUGGGGAUUGCCUAAGAGUAUCAUUAGUGAUCUAGAUCCACGCUUCACAGGACGACUAUGGAUAGAGUUGUUCAAACUCCUUGGGUCGGAGCUUCAUUUCUCAACAAGCUUCCAUCCUCAAACCGAUGGGCAAACUGAGAGAGUGAAUAUCUUACUCGAGUAUUACUUGAGACAUUUUGUAAGCGCUAAUCAGAAGGAUUGGACAAAACUUCUAGAUAUUGCUCAAUUUUCAUACAAUCUGCAAAGGAGCGAGUCCACAGGAAAGAGUCCAUUCGAGAUUGUGACCGGACAACAGCCGCUUACACUACACUCUCUUUCUUCCUCUUACUCAGGGAAGAGCCCUGGAGCUUAUCAUAUGAUUAAUUCAUGGGAAGAACAAGCAGAUGUCUCUCGUUCUUACCUCGACAAAGUUGCAAAGAGGAUGAAGAAAUGGGGCUUAAUCCGCAAAUACGAAGGGCCAUUUGAGAUCAUUGGACGUGUUGGGGAGGUUGCUUACAAAGUACAACUCCCUCCCUCUAUGAAGAUCCACCCAGUCUUCCAUGUGAGUAUGCUUAAACCAUAUCAUGAAGAGCAAGAUGAAUCGAGUAAAGGUGACUCGAGUCGUGCUCCACUUGUGGUAAUUAGAUCCUUUGAUAAAGAAAUUGAAGAGACCUUAGCUAAUCGCGUUGUGCGACAAAGAGGAGUACCACCAAGUAUCCAAUACUUGAUCAAGUGGGAAGGACUCCCGAUAACCGAAGCUAGCUGGAAAGCUCGUGAAAAUCUGUGGCAAUUCCAAGAACACUUAGAGCGCUAUCAUGAACAAAACGCGAUGAGGACGUCUGCGCAUUAG